CCGGGUUUGGGUCUUUGUCUUGGAAUACAAUCAAUUUUACCGUUCUUAGUUCGAAAAUACCUUCCCUAUCAAGAAGGCUGAAGGCGGAGUGAGAGCUCUGAACAAUUUGGGUUGCCACUUGCGAGCGACCGUAUACUCCGUCAAUACUAGGAAAGCCGUAGACAGAAAAGGAUAGUAAAUAAAGUGCGGAAAGGUCGUCGCAAGCCUGCUGCAGUGGUUAAUUACGCCACCGCGGAGGAUCUUCCCCAUUUCCCACCGCCUUCCCUAUGGAUUUCCGCAUCUCCGGUGCCUCUCCUUCAUCUUCGUCCACAUCGUCGACGGACCCUCACAACUCUUCCACGUCUCACCACCGCCGACUCCAGAAUGGAGGAGCCGACAACAAUGGCACCGACCCAAUGCACUCUUGGUGGGAGUCAAUGUCCAAAGCCCGUUCUCGCAUACUCCUUCUCUCUAAUAUUCUCCCCUCGGAUUCCACUGCCGUCGCAUCUCUCACUGAUUCCGAUCAGCCAGCUCGCUCGCUCCUUCUCUCCUACCCUGCUUACUCUUUGCUCUCUACUUCUCUCUCCAUUCCAUCUUCCGGCUCCGGCUCCGGCGACGAUCCGUUGUGUCACUGGUUGUACGACACUUUUCUUAGCGGAGAUUCCGAUCUCCGCCUUGUCGUCCUCUCCUUCAUUCCGCUUUUGUGCUCCCUUUAUCUUUCCCGUAUCCACUCAUCUACACCCACCUCCACCACGCCGUCUCUCUCCGGUUUCGAAGCUGUCCUUCUCGCUCUGUAUUCUGCCGAAACCAAAGCCCGAGCCGGGAAGCCGAUACUGAUCUCAUUACCUGAUCUGUCUCAGCCGUCCCUGUAUCAUACACCGCGAAACCCUAUUCAAAGUAGAUCGGCAUCGAUCCAGCCGUCCGUUGCAGUUCUCUCGCCUCCUCUCGAGCCACAGAUCGCUGUGAAGUCAACCAAGCGGGCCUCAAUCGUUGGUGCUGCGCUGGACUGUUACUACAAACAGAUCUCACAAAUGCCAAGUUGGUCAAAGGUUGACUUUUGUAAAUUUGCAGCCGAUUGGGCUGGCCAGGACUGUCCUUGUGUGUCGGAGUUGGAUGAGAAUCACCGCCCUAGAUUAGAAAAUCUGUUUUCAGAUGAUUCUAGGGUUCUCGAGGGGUUCUCAGAAGAACUCAGCUACUUGGAGAUUGAACAGAAGUCAGUGGGAGUGAGGAUUCCGUUGCCAUGGGAGCUAUUGCAGCCUGUGCUGAGAAUUGUAGGGCAUUGUUUGUUGGGUCCUUUGAAUGGGGAAGAAGAUGUGAAGAAUGGGGCAUCACUUGCAGUGAAGCGUUUGUAUGCAAGGGCCCAACAUGACUUAGUUCCCCGGGCAAUUUUGGCAACCAAAAGUCUGGUUCAGCUGGACAAGAGAGCUCGAGAUGCCACCCGGGUGGUUAAUGCUUCCACUUCUACAUCAAAUGCUAACACGCCUAGCAAAGCAAAGAAGCCAGAGAUUCUUUUGGUUUCAAAAUGAAUUGCCAAGCCAGUUAUGUAAGCGUCUCAUUUGCUUUCUUUUUUUUAUUUGAAUUUGGGAUUAGACGUUUGUUUGUGUUGUAGCCUUGUAUAUUAGAAUCUUUAAAGACUUGUAAAAGUAAAUUGUUCAUGUACUUAUAUAUUUUUGGUGCAUUGUUUAUGAGAAGUGCCCAUGAGUUUGCAUUGUUACUGCAUGUUGUGUUUAUUGAUUUGGCCAUUUUAAAGCCUGCCUAAAUUUUCUGAGAAA